UUACUGUCUUAGGACUUUUCGAUCGCGGAUCGUUUGAAGCGCAUUUUAUAGUUUUGGACGGUGUAAUUGCAGUAACCCUAUCAGGCAGUCGAAUGGAGGGAGGAAUGGGUGGUUUCUAUUGAAGUUUUAUGAAACCACCCCCUAAACACAGCACCUGGAAUGCAGUACGCGAGUAGCAGGGAAUAUCCAUUGUAACUAAAAUCAAUCCAUUAGUAUUCAAAACAUACGAAACCGUGUGUUUGAUAUUACUGCCCCCAGAUAGCUUUCUGUGGUAACUAGUGGACGCUGUGCCCUUGCGAAGAAAGUUCGAUGUUGAAUGCGCUGUUUCUAUAUACAUCAGACUCCCGCAGAGUCAAGCGUGUUGGAAUCGCUGGAAGGUGCCCUGGUUGUGAGGAUAGCUGCAACCACUAUUUGACCUACACGUAACCUGAGAAUAGGCCAAGAUGAAGGAAACGAUGAGGAUGAUCAUUUACCUGUUAGUGGUAAUCUUCAUUACCGCUUGCCAGUGUAAAGAAAUGAACCCUACAACGAAUCUUAUAACGCCGGAAUCAUCACGACCGAUGUUGGAAUCGAUCAACGGUACGCGCAACUAUCGUAUGCAUGGAAAAAAGGGCAAGGACGAUAAGACCUGGUUCGAUGGGCGUGAAAUGCGUUACAUGUACUGUGUCCGGCCAGCAAAAUGUGAACCGAUACGGUACAAAUCGUGCCUCGGUUCGACCCUCCCAUACACAUCGAUCAGUCUCGAUCUGACUGAUUCAUACAGCCAGGAGGAAACGCACACCAAGCUGUUUCAGUACAAAGCUCUGAUCAGUGUACCGAAGUGCUGGGCCGUGAUACAACCGUUUCUGUGCGCUGUGUUUAUGCCGAAGUGUGAGAAAAUCAAUAGUCAGGAAAUGGUGUAUCUGCCGCCGCUAGAGAUGUGUAAAAUAACGCUUGAACCCUGUCGCAUACUCUACAAUACAAGCUUCUUUCCCGAGUUUCUCAAAUGCAACGAAACACUGUACCCUUCGAAGUGCAACAACGAUGUGCGAGAGGAAAUGAAAUUCAAUGCCACUGGCCAGUGUCAGAAGCCGUUAGUAGCGGCCGAUUUGCCAGCGAAUUAUUAUAAAGAAAUCGACGGAUGUGGCGUACAGUGCAAGGAUCCACUGUACACGGACCAUGAGCAUCGGCAGAUACACAAACUAGUCGCGUGGGGUGCUAGCGUGUGUUUUGCAUUUAAUCUCUUCACGCUCGCCACGUUUGCUAUCGAUUGGCAGAAUGCAAACAAGUAUCCGGCGAUGGUAAUAUUUUACAUAAACUUCUGCUUCGCUGUAUCCUGUUUGGGAUGGUUAGCACAGUUCACUCCGGGUGGACGGGAGGACAUCGUGUGUCGUAAGGAUGGUACGCUGCGUACGUCCGAGCCCAGUGCUGGUGAAAACCUGUCCUGUAUUGUGGUGUUCAUAUUGGUGUACUACUUCCUCAUAGCAGCCAUGGUGUGGUUCGUCAUUUUCACCUACGUGUGGCACAUGAGUUUUAAAGCGAUCGGAAAAAUUCAGGACCGGAUCGAUAAGAAGGGUUCGUAUUUUCAUCUGAUAGCCUGGUCUUUGCCGCUCGUGUUGACGAUCACCAUUAUGGCGCUGAGCGAAAUCGACGGUAAUAGUACGGUUGGCAUUUGUUUUGUCGGUUACCUUAACCAUCCGAUCCGGGGCGGAUUUCUUUUGGCUCCCGUGCUCUGCGUGCUACUGGUCGGUGGAUACUUUCUCGGCCGAGGACUGUUGACGCUGAUACGUCUACGAAUAUCGAGCAAGGAAAUUAUCUCGGCACGUGCCAGUAAAAAGAUCCAUCAAACGAUCGUAAGAAUGGGCAUCUGUACCACUUUUACGUUCAUAUUCAUCGUUGCCACCGUUUUCUGUCACGUGCACGAGUUCAGGCACAGUGCGGCCUGGGCGACUGCUUUGCGAAACUUUAUCGUAUGUCAAAUAACUUCCGUUUAUAACGAUGAUGUUACAAACAUCUGCCGUAUCGAGCAACGGCCCAGUGUGGCCAUACUACAGGUGCAUCUAAUCUGUUUGUUCGCGUCCGGAAUAGUCAUGUCAUCGUGGGUUUGGACCAACUCCACACUGGAAUCGUGGGGUCGGUAUUUUCGGAGGCGCUUCGGUACGGACAUCGACGAACCGGUGAAGCUCCAGAAGCAUAAGGUCAUCGCGCAGGCGUUCGCCAAACGGAAAGAGUUUCAAAAUCAGGGACGAUUAUCGAUCUCGUUCCAUAACUCGCACACCGAUCCGGUGGGUUUAAAGUUCGACAUCAACUCCGCCAUCGGUAGUCACGAUUUCAGCUCGACCUGGGCAAACAAUUUACCGCGAUUCGUUAAUCGACGCUGUGCGCUUACGGGAGCCGCGACCAGCUCGAGUCACGAUCCACGCAAAAACUCGGUAGAUUCAGAGAUCAGCUUCAGCGUACGGCACGUAUCGGUGGAGUCUCGUCGGAACUCGAUCGACUCGCAAGUGUCGGUGAAAAUUGCGGAGGUAAAAACGAAGGUUGCCAGCCGGAGUAGUCGUGGUACGGUAGUGGUUGGUGCGGCAGGUGGAAAACACACCCAUAAAUCGCGUCAAAGUCGAAGAAGGCAUGAUUUUGCCGCUACUGGACGACGAUAUAGCCGUAAAGAAAGCAGCACCUCCGUCGAGUCGCAGAUAGUGACGGCAGCAAUUCAAAAGUCCGGUUCAAGUGGAGCAGGUCGACAUUCAACCACGACGGGUACGUUUGGGACAGGCAACAUGCAACGUCGCACGGGAAUCGGUGCCAUGGACGCACAUCAGAUCAAUGAUUUGAUCUCGAAUGGCAAGCUGUUGCUUCCAUUCCUUCAAGGCCAGGGACUGACGACAUCGGAGGAUGAUAACGUGUCGGUGAGUUCGUUCAAACUACAAGAUUCCAAAUUCGACAUUAUUAUGAAGCAGUUUGAUGGAUCCAGCCGUAUGGGAGAUGGUGCUGGAUGUGCUAAUGUACCCGUACCAGGAACCACCACGGGUGGCUGUCGUAUUGAGGAGUAUCGCAGCAGUGAUGAUGAUGAAGAUGAUGACGAUGAUGAUGUGGAAGCAGAAUCGCUGCUUAACGGAAGAAAUGUCCCAUUGCGUCAGAUCACUUCUGGGCGGGAUGACAUCGUCACGAGGGUUGUCGAUUCUAAAGAUACGACAAUGGGAACACGCCACACCAAGGAUGGAGGAUCGCGUAUCAGUAAGACCGGUACGACCAAGAGCGUUCGCAGUCGCAAAACAGGAACUGGAUCUCGUCAGGGGACGAUGAGCAGGAAAACACAGCAUCAUAAUCGUAGAAAAAAAGAGAAAGCAAGGGAACGUGAGCGUGAAAAGGAACUGGAAAUGUUGGAACGCGCUCCAUCUCCGUCUGCUGGAACGUUUGGUGUUGAGACGAUGUAUGAUUUCAACGAUUCUUCCUUCACAUCGUACUGUUCCGAAUUGUCACCACUGCAGGUGAACAGCUCGUAUUCGGGUGUUUCAAUAGCGAAAACCAAUUCGCGCAAUUCCAAGCGUAGCUGUGAUGUCGGCAUACAGACUAAUGCGCACGAAAUUGCCACGCAGACCAUGUCAUCGUUUGAGUUUAGCGAAAAAGCACUCAAGAACGAGGAAAAUGCGGACAUAUAUACGGAAAACCAUCAGAUGCUGCCAGCGCUACCGAUAGUAGUACAACAAGCUCCAUCCAAACUUAUCCAAACAAUCGGUUCGACCGGCAUGGUUGGACGCAAACAGCGCGAUACGAACGAAUCGGCUGGCAUGAGUGAUGCGGAAAAAUUGAAAAUGCUUCUGCUGCCAUCGAAAUAAUGUUUAUCAAUUAAAUUUGAUUUUUCUUUCAACCAAUAUGAUAGGGCACGCAAGUGUAUAAGUGUUAACGCCUUAGAAGAGUAAAAUAGGUACGUAUCGAGCCUAUAUAGGGGAUCUUUUGAUUUCGAAUGUGGAAUACAGGAUAAGGAAUAUUAGGACAAUAAUUUUUAGGAGUGCCUUUUAAUGCUUAAGCAUGUCGUUGAUUUCAUAUCAGCAUACCUCGACCGCUGUGUAAGUGUGCAUUUAAAGCCAUAAGAUUGAUACUCAAUAUGCAGUAGAAUCUCAUCACCAGAUGUGCAAAUGUUACAAUAUUUGUGAGUAAAACGGAACAAACGAAGCAAUAAGGUCAAAUCAUAAACUAAUAGCAAGACUGAACAAUACGUCAGCAAUCAAGAACAAUUAUAAAAGCAACAAGACACAGUUAUUGUAAAAAUCGUGCUUCCUAAUGGACCAAAUUAAGCAAACGUGUUGAAAGACUAAAAAGAACAAAUGCAAACAACGACAUACAUUUAAUGAUUAUAUGAACAAUAUUAAUCUCUCGGAAUCAUUUUUUGUAGCGUCCACAAGUGUGUACAAGUGUAUUUGUACAUUGUUAACACAUUUCCGUUUUGAUGUGUUUUUUUUACAAGUAAAUGCGUAGAUUAUGCCUUCAAUUUUCUGGAGGAUCUCCUUUUGUCUCUCCCGACGAUCAUGCCAAACAUAUACGCCAUGUGUAAAGUGGAAAUUUAGUGUUGAUGUCUGGAUAGAUGAAAAGGAAAGUUUAUCAAUUUAUGCGCAACAGCAUCAGAAGACAUCGAGAAGAGUAUGAAAAUUGAAGGAUUUAAAUAAAAUUAUGGUAAU